CCUUAAGAUUAUAUAUACCCAACCUCACAGCUCACGUUCCUUUCAAGUGAGAGCGAAGUCCUUAGAGCGCUUUUACCAUCCAGUGACGCUCUAGCGAGUUAAGAGAGCACAUUUUCAUUUGACUGAUACAUGGUUCAAGUGAACGGAUAUAUCCCAGCUUCCACCGUUUUGACAUCAUGAAAAUUACAACCGGAGCGGCCCUGCUGGCCUCAGCCGGGCUCACCAGAGCAGCAGCCAUUGCGGAUCGCGCGGCCAGCCAGGCACUCUGCGGCCAGAAGGCAUACCAGGAAGGGGGAAACUGGUAUUGCCAGGCAGUCAGCCACAUCACCUACACCAACGUCGGCACGAGCGGCGAAUACGACGACGUCGUCCACAUGGACCAGAACACCGGGAACUGCAUCAAGGCAAAACGGCCAUUCUCGGGCCCCCUGGCCCCCUUCAACGAGCAGCUUUCGGUUCACUUGCGCGGCCCGAUACACUUGAAGCAGAUGGCCGUCUAUAUGCCCGGGACGAGUUCUAGGCGGGAAAGCAGUACUCUCCCGGGGCUUGGUAAAGUGCAUCCCAAGCGCGAGGACGCAGACCCGCCGCACACGACCCAGGAGAGGCGCGAGCACCCGGCCGUUUGGGUCACGGCGGUGAUCGACGGCCAGACUGUAUCAUGGAUCAACGACUGGUGGGGAGAGCCGACAGCAAGCACGGAGAGUCCUGCGCCAGUUACAUCGACGCCUGUGACAGCCGAUCCGAGCCCGACUCAGCCUCCCAGUUCCGUUCCCGAGUCCUCAGGGUCGGCGAAGGGUGAGUUUCAAGCGGAAGGCUUGACGUUCUUGGCCAACUAUGGGGGGAUGGGAUCGGGGAAGUGGACACCAGUCACCAUGUGCAGCGCCUUCGGCAACACCCUCUCAUACGUCGAUCCCACCGGCUCGACCGGAGCGGCCGGGCCGCAGAUACUUGCCAACACGACGAUCCAAUCCGGCAAGGAGGUCAUAAUCAUGACUGACCAGAAGUGCGACGCCGGCUGCGGCUACGUGCAGCCCGGCUCAGUCGCAUACAAGGGUUUCGACGGCUCGGACAAGACCUUCCUAUUCGAGUUCCAGAUGCCCCACGACGACGAGGCGGGCGUCGCGGCGGGGGCCUUCCUGGCCGACCAGCCGGCGCUGUGGAUGCUCAACGCGCGGAUCCCGCGCACGUCGCAGUACGGUGCCUGCUCGUGCUUCCAGACGGGCUGCGGCGAGUUCGACGUCUUCGAGGUUCUGGCCCCCGGCGGCGCAAAGUGCAAGUCGACGCUCCACUCGGACGCGAGGUCGUCCGGCGGGGACUCGAACUUCUUCCACAGGCCCGCCGCGGGGGAGCCGGUCACGGUCGCGGUCGUCUAUGGCUCGGCGAGCCGGUCCGUCUCGGUCAAGAUUGGGGAUCUGGCGGCCGAUGCGGGGGGGCUGGCGAGUAGUAGGUUCGCCAUCGGGUCCUGAGAGUAGCUUUGGUUUGAGAAGUGGUGGUUUGAUUCCCCAGUUCGCUGGCCGUGGUUGGGUUGGUUGGGCAUGGGUAGAGGCAAGCAAAUAGAUGCUGUCCGAGACGGGUUGGGGUUACCUUGGAUCGCGAGAUACCAUCUUUCAAUACAGGGCAGGAACCAUUUUGGGGUGGGGUUGAAGGUAGUAACAUCGAUAAUGGGUUGAUUCAACUGACUUGGAUCCUUCAUCGUCUUUCGCAUCCCUCUCGGCAUUGAGAAUUGAGUCUCGGAGUGCCGAGCCCAUGGGAUUUUAGCCACUCUCUGGAAGGAUGAUUUCAAAGCAGAGCACCUGGAAGCUAGAUCCUAAAGAAACAUGUGGGAUAAUAAGUCAGCACUGCAACAUAUUACCCUUACCAAUCAU